AUGACCAAAGAAUGGGGCCAGGAUGAAACGCUGCGACUGCUAAACGUAAUAUGUUACCACAGACCCGUGGGUCCUGACAAAGACGCGCAAAUGGCUCAGAUCUUGGAGAAACUCAACGAGGACAAGAAACACAGCUGGAAAAGUGGCGAUGUUCUACGGGUUUUAGACGAUUUGUACGAUUUGGAAGGCUUGGAUAAAUUGGAAGAGGAAAGCGAACUAUCGAGUCAAGAAGAGCAGGAACAGGAAAAAGAGACCAAGAGCGUGAAGUUCAUAGAGGAAGAUACAAAGACAAGGAGGCAGAGUCGGAGAAUCUCGAGGCGAAGCCCUGCAAUCGAGGAUGUACCCUCUCCGAAGAAGCAGAAGAAAGAAGAUGUUCAGGAGGAUAUCGUGGAAGAUGAUGGUAAUGGGGCUAAUGAGAAGACUCCCGAUGGAGAGGAUGAAGAGGGAGAGGGCGAGGAAGAAGAGGAGCAAGAAGAAGCCGCGGAAGGCGAAGAGGGUGAAGUUGAGGAGGAAGACGAAGGCGAUGAUGAUGGUGAUAGUGACGACGACGAUAAUGACGAUGAAAACAGCGAGUCAGCUCCCAAAAGAACAAGGACAAGAAGCAGGUCGCACGAGACCAAGGCCACCACCAAGAAACCCCAGAGAGCCACUACGCCCACCAGAAGAACCCGUUCGCAUCCCGAUGAACCAGAGACGGAGGAGGAGGAUAAGCCCAAGAACCUAAGAUCCCGGAAAUCAACCACUCCAGCCUCGACUCCUGCUGCUACUCCUUCCAAGACUGCAGCCAAAGACACCAAGGUCAAGCCCACGCCGAAGAAGCCAGCUGCCAAACCUCCAAUCAGAAGGAGCACGCGACACAGGUGA